UGAAUCAGUAAAAUGCAAUUUUGCACAUUCGAUACUAUACGUAGGGACGGUCGAAAUAUAAAACAUUCAUUUCCAUGUUACGUAAACUUACAAGUUAUUUUAUAAUUACAGCUCAAAUGGUCGGAUUGGAAGUGCUCCACUCGCAAUCGCUGUCCGGGGCAACUAGAAGCUAUGUCAGACGACGAACUGGAUAGAAUAAUUGACACCGUAAGCGUCUUCUACAGGGUGACGCCAAAACACAAACUGACAAUAGUGAAGUCGUUGCAAAGGCUCGGCAAUAUUGUUGGCAUGACGGGUGAUGGAGUUAAUGACGGGGUGGCUCUGAAACGUGCCGAUAUCGGUAUAGCUAUGGGCAAGAACGGUACUGACGUGUGUAAGGAAGCGGCUGACAUGAUCCUCGUGGACGAUGACUUCGCUACCAUCAUUGCGGCGAUCGAGGAGGGCAAGUGCAUCUUCUACAACAUCCGCAACUUCGUCCGGUUCCAGCUGUCGACGUCGAUCGCGGCGCUGUCGCUCAUCGCCCUCGCCACGCUCAUGGGCGUCCCCAACCCACUCAACGCCAUGCAGAUACUGUGGAUCAACAUCAUCAUGGACGGUCCCCCCGCUCAGUCGUUGGGUGUGGAGCCAGUAGACCACGAGGUGGUCCGUCGCCGGCCCCGAGACACCUCGCGCCGCAUCAUAUCCCGAGGGCUGCUGUUCAACGUGCUGCUGUCCGCCGCGAUCAUCAUCGCCGGCACCUUGUGGGUGUUUAAUAGAGAGAUGUCGGACAACAAGAUAACGCCGCGCGACACGACAAUGACGUUCACCUGCUUCGUGCUGUUCGACAUGUUCAACGCCCUCUCGUGUCGAUCGCAGACCAAGUCCGUGUUCCAAGUGGGCUUGUUCUCGAACAAGAUGUUCCUGAUAGCGGUGACGCUGAGUCUGGUGGGACAGGCGCUGGUCAUCUACUUCCCGCCGCUGCAGAGGGUCUUCCAGACCGAGGCUCUGACUUCACACGACAUAAUGUUCCUCAUUUGCCUGACGUCGAGCGUGUUCAUAGUGAGCGAAGUGAAGAAACUUAUCGAACGCACGUUGAAGAAGCGAUCGUUCGGCAAGUUCUCGACGAAGGCCCACGACGCGAUGGACUUCGUAUGACACAAGUCCGAGGAGAAAGUGCAGUAAGUACCCACCAUGCGGACUGUGGGCGUGGCCGCGACCGCUGCCGGCCUGACAGCGCCUGUCACGCUGACAGCGACUGUCACGCUGACAGCGCCUGUCACACUGACAGCGACUGUCGCGACGGCACCGACGCGGCCUCGAGGCAGGACGGGUGUGACCGAAGCGGUUGCGAGUUUAGUGAACAGUGCCAGUGCCGCGGACCUUACUCCAUAUACGAUGGAAAAUCGAUAUUCCUAUACGUUUGUAGUUUAUUUAUUUCGCGUCGUAUUGUUGUUUGUGCGUGGCUUACAUUUUUAUCGAUUAAUUUAUUUUUAUUAUAAUAUGUAGUAGUGAGGUAAGUGGUAAUUGUGUUUGAUCAAAUCAUGUCGGGCCGACUGUUUGAGACCGCAUUUAUUGUGUUACCAACUUUUGUCGAAAAUUAUUCGUACAAGUUUUGGCCUAAAUUGUAGGCAAACGUCUAAAGUGUAGUCUGUGUAAUUUAAAAGUACAUAUUAAUGAAAUAAAUGUAUACUCAUAAUAAGAUCCAAGAGGUUCUAAUGUAAUAUCGAUUAUCUCUAUCGAUACAAUGACAAUGUCGAUAUAACCGUCGGCACGACACGAUACAGUGGGUAAUGACCGGUGCGUGCUUUAUAAAUAAUGUAGCAAAAUUGUAUUAUUAGCGAAAAUUAUAAAAUGUCGUGAAAGUUACAGAUUAUGUAUUAUGUGAAGGGUUAUUGUCUGUGGUAAAUCGAUAUAAUCCCAAACCUCGGAUAAUAUCCUUAUGAAUGUAUACAAAAUAGAAAAUUGAUAAAUUGCUUUACAAAUAUCGUUUAUUCACAGCUUCGAUAUCGAUAAAUAUCUAUGUA